AUGAGGCCUUCUACCAACUCAACAGCUGUAGGUUCUGCUCAUGGGGGAUUCUGGCAUUGGAAUUCCCCUGUAGCUUACGUCUUUGUUGGUCUAGCAUUCAUGUUGGGUCUUAUCACAGUAUCAUUAAUAAUUCUUGCUUGCUCCUCUGGAAAUUCUUUGUCCAACUCAUCAACAAGCGAGGCUGAAGAUGAAAAAUCAGCAAAACAAGUGGAAAUACUGGUGGAAUUUGAGCCAAAUAUUGUUGUGAUCAUGGCUGGGGAUGAUAAUCCCACAUACUUGGCCAAGCCUGUCUCUUGCAAUUGUCCCAGUGAACAAGUUUAA